CCAGGGAGGGUGAGAGCCCUUCUGAGUAAGAAGUGUGUCUGGGGCCUACAAGCUGGCAGAGUGUGGGGCUAGGAGGCUGAAAAGCCCGAGGUUUCAGUGUGGCCUCAGGCCAGACGGGCCAGCUCAGGUGCUGGUGGUUCUGUUACGCUCCAUCUGGUUAAGUCAGGUUAACCGUUUGGUAAGAUUCUGAUAAGUUCCCUCAGUUUCUGACAGAUUCUCUCAGGCUCCCAGAGGACAGAACACUUGCAUCAGCUGAAGUUAAUUCCAGAGUUUCUUCCCUCCCAACCUCUAUUUUGACCCAGUUCAUCCACCCCGACCCCAAAUUCUUCUCCUGGUGAUCCUCAUCUUUCUCCUCUGUUCUCUUGCCCCUCCUCCCUGCCCCUUGCACCUUACUGUGCCCCCACCUGUGGGCCAGACCCCCUAAGAUCACAGCCAAUCCUGCUCCUGCUGUCUCUCUCUCAGGAGGCAGGCAGCUUGGCCAUGUGCCCUCCAGUCAGCAAGCGGUAUGUGGCAGAGGGCCUGUCCUACCUCUACAUGUCCUGGAUGUAUCAGCUUCAACAUGGCAGCCAGCUAAGGCUCUGCUUCGCUUGCUUCAAGGUUGCCUUUCUGGACUUUAAACGGAUGCUGGAGUCAGAAGAUUGGGAAGAUGAAGAUUGGGACUCUGAGCUGAUGGACGAUUCCGAGGCGUGGUCUGAGCAGGGGUCAUCCCCAGGGAUGGGGCCAAGCUGGGGGCAGGGCCAAGGGCAGCCUGCACAGGGUGGGGCUGUGGGCUGGGGGUCAGGCACCCUGGCAUCAGGCCCUGUGCAGUCAGAAGAUGAGGGCUUGCACAAUCACAUUGUGCCCACCGAACUGCAGCCUCAGGAUGCGGUACCCCUGGACCUGGGUGCUGAAGAUGCUGACUGGACCCAGGGCCUUCCCUGGAGACUUGAGGGGCUCCCUAUCUGCUCCCACUGGCCAAGCCCCCUUCCUCCAUGGCGGGGGUUUUUCAAAGUGGACCUGCCCCUGGGGGAACCCAUGGUACUGGAGCUGGGCACCACCCGGAACGUGGACCCUGCUGAGACUAAGACCUGGUUACUGGACCUGCAAGUUCUCUCCCUGGUAGGCUGCUGUGAUGUCAUCUACCUCCAGAAGAUGAAGCCAAGAAGGGCCUGGAGGACCCCAGGCCAAUGUUGGAAACUACUGCUGGAGCCUGAUGAGUGGUGGGUGGUAAGACUCCAAGAUGUACCCCAGAUGCAAGACCUGCACCACUGGAAACUAAGCAUUCUGGAAUCCUCUUCUCUGGAGCAGAAUGUAGAUCUGGUGCCUGUGGACUCAGUCCUGCUUAAGAGGGGACUCACCAUCCUCUCUUUUUCACCCUGGGCCAAGAGGGAGGCAGAGGAGGGGGACUCAGCCUUUAGGCCACAGUCCUCCACCCAAGAAUGGGAUGCCGGCACCAGUGGGCCCAGAACACCUGGGGAGAACCUGGAUGCUGUGGGAGCCUCGGCCCUGGGAGAGCUGCCACAUUUCCAGCCCCUCAACCAAGGGUUCCAGAACUGACGGACUGAGGCCCACGUGGUCACCAUUGUCCUGGCCUCCCUACAACACCAGAGGCUGGGGAGGACUGACCUCUUCAUAGCAGCCCCGGUAGCCAUUAACAAUGAAUGAGGACUUGGGUCUGGAGAGGAAGAAUGGUGAGUGGCCCAGAGACUGAGAAAUGGGGGCCCACCGCAGCAUCAGGGGCAAGGGACACAAAUACCUGUAACUGGGAGGGAAGUUCUCUGUCAGAUGUCAUGGUGUUAGGAAUCUGAGCUAUUCAGGAUGUUGUGGGUGAAUGGAUGCUGUGCGAUAUGUGAAGAAGGGAAUAGGGAAUUGAUCUGGGUAACAGCCCUUCCCUGGGGAGGAAUGUCUGAAGUGUAACUCACUCCCGGGAACAUGGUGGUGGAUUCGGGACCACAGGGAUAUGUGCUUGUCUUUAGUCAGUGGGCUCUGGGCUCCACAGGACCCGGUUAUCAGCACUGAGGACUCGGCAGUGUGAGAGACCUUGUUUCAAAGAUUGGCUAUUUUAUGUGGCUUGACUAUUUAGUUUCUGUCUCUUUGUGUGUCAUUUUAAAACUAAAUAAAGUCAUAGAGA